CGUGACAAAAACCAAAACUCAUCGUGAUUUGCAACUUCUCCAUACACAAUUCAAUCCACAAACGGGCCGGCUGAAAAUUUGUAGGUUCUUCAUUUCCGGAAUAAAACAAAUUGCUACUCGUGGUUAUUUGAUUGUGCUGUUUAAAAAUGUUUCGAAACCAAUAUGACAGCGAUGUGACCGUUUGGAGUCCUGCUGGGCGUCUUCACCAAGUGGAGUAUGCAGUAGAAGCUGUAAAACAAGGAUCCGCGACCGUCGGCAUCAAGUCUAACACUCAUGCCGUGGUGGUCGCUUUGAAACGAGCAUCGUCUGACCUUGCAGCCCAUCAGAAAAAAAUUAUUACAGUGGACCAGCACAUGGGAGUGUCGAUUUCGGGUCUUACUGCUGAUGCUCGUCUCAUGGUUCGGUGGAUGCGAACAGAGUGUCUGAACUACCAGUACGCUCGAGACUCGCCUUUGCCAAUUGGUCGCUUGAUGAACAUGUUGGGAAACAAAAUGCAGUUGUCGACGCAACGUUACGAUCGUCGACCUUAUGGCGUAGGAUUGUUAGUUGCUGGCUAUGACUCCAAAGGUCCUCACCUUUACCAAACUUGUCCAUCUGCCAAUUACUAUGAUUGUAAGGCUAUGGCCAUCGGAGCGAGAUCACAAUCUGCCAGGACAUACAUGGAGAAACAUCUCGAUGAAUUUUCCGAUAGCGAUUUGAAUCAACUCGUUGCUCAUGCUUUGAGAGCCCUGAGGGACACAUUACCUGCAGAAAUGGAAUUAACUAACAAAAAUGUGAGCAUUGGAAUUGUUGGGAAGGAUUACGAAUUUGUUGGAUAUGAUGACGAAACUGUCGAUCCAUUUUUAAAUCUAUUGGACCCAUCGGAGCGAAAGGGCAGAGGUGCACCCGCAGGGCCAGGCGUUGAUGGGGAUGAUGCUCCGCCACCAGAAGAUGGUCCUGGUGGCGAAGCUGAAAUGGAGGUUGAAACCAGUGCCGCAUCACUUCAAUUGUAAUUUUACUCCAUUUAUAUAUGUUCUGUUCAACAAGACAAGUAGCCCUUAUUUAAAUUGAAAAAUUGUUUAACGCAAAAGAAUACCCUAAAUUAAAAAUUUUCUCCGUAUUUUCCAUUCAUUCUCUUGUUUAUCAGUAUCAUUCUUUUGUUUAUUUUAAGGGGUUACUAAAUAGGAUGAAUAUGGUAAUAUUAUCUAUUGUCUACUUUUUUGAUAUACUGCAAUUGUGGUACGUAUGGAAUAAAACUAAAAAACAAUAAAGAUUGGUAUAAAGAAAUAA